AGCGCUCAGCCGGGUCUGUUCUGUGAGCGCUCAGCCAGGUCUGUUCUGUGAGCGCUCAGCCAGGUCUGUUCUGUGAGCGCUCAGCCAGGUUGUUUGGAAUUUGGGCGGGACGAAGAAGGAGCUGACGAGCUCGGACUUCUCGCCCCGCAGCCCUGGAAGACGUUCCAAGGGUGUUAGGGGCCCGACUUUUCGGGGCCCAAUCUGGGAGAGGAGAAAGAUCCGGACUAACGGCACCUCUGUCUGUAUUUUUGGCUUUCAGAGGGCCCCGGACCUUUGCCACCUCCAUCUGACUUUUGCUUUCAGUUUGGUACCAAAGCCGUGCAGCACGCCUGUCUGUUGUUUGUUUGACUGUUGGUGUUGUUUGUUUUCUCUGUGUUCUAAUCUUCCUUAGAACUAACAUGGGACAGUCCCUAACAACGCCCCUAAGUCUCACUCUUGAUCAUUAGAAAGACGUCCACGACCGGGCACACAACCAGUCCGUCGAGGUUAAAAAAAAAAAAAAGGAAAAUGACAGACUCUCUACACAUCCGAGUGGCCCACUUUCGGAGCAGGAUGGCCAGUGAAUGGCACAUUUAAUAAGAUCAUUAUUUUACAGGUUAAAGAUCGGGUUGUCCACGGACAUCCUGACCAGGUUUCUUAUAUUAUCACUUGAGAGAGUCUCGGCUUAACCCCCCCCCCCCGGGCGGAACCCUUCAUGGACCCGAAUUGGCCUCCCCUCAACCCCCAGCCUGUCCCCUCGGCCCCGCCCGGUCCGCCGGCCACGUCUUCCUCUCUUUACCUUUGUGAAUUCAGAGCCUUCUAAGAAACCUGUCCUCCCGGCAGACCCAAACUCCCCUCUCAUAGAUCUUCUCUCUGACAGGCCCGGCUGAAACGGAGGAGGCAGAGCCGCCGGCCAGAUCAGUUGCCGGGCCACAGUCUGAUAAGGGUUUCUCCCCUGUCGCAGGGAGAUUGCGCAAUAAGCGCGAGGUGAUGCCAGAUUCAACCUCCCAGGCUUUCCCACUUAGACAGGGAACCGGUGGCCAGACCCAAUACUGGCCGUUUUCAGCAGCUGACAUUUACAAUUGGAAACAACACAACCCUUCUUUCUCCAAAGAUCCGGUGGCACUCACCGACCUAAUAGAAUCUGUUUUACUUACCCACCAGCCUACUUGGGAUGACUGCCAACAGCUCUUACAGGCCCUCUUAACCUCAGAAAAAAAACAAAGAGUGUUCCUAGAGGCCAGAAAGCAUGUUCUGGGAGAUGAUGGGCGUCCCACCCAGCUGCCUGAAAAAAUUGAUGCUGCAUUCCCACUUAAGAGACCAAACUGGGAUUUUAAUACAGCUGAAGACUGCCCGUACCCUCUGCUGGGCCGUGACCUGCUCACCAAACUAAAAGCACAAAUUCAUUUUGAGGAAAGAGGGGCCCAAAUAACUGGCCCCCACGGAACUCCCCUUCAAGUUCUAACCCUAUGAACCUGGACAGGACACUGGCUUGGACAGAGACUGGUGGGAUGGGGUUGGCGCUCCAACAGCCCCCCUUAAUUACAACUCCAGUCUCCAUAAAACAAUACCCCCUGUCACAUGAAGCUUAUCAAGGUAUAAGGCCUCACAUUACGAGGCUUCUGGAUCAAGGCAUCCUAGUCCCCUGCCGGUUGCCUUGGAAUACGCCUCUUCUGCCUGUUAAGAAACCCGACACUAGAGAUUAUAGGCCAGUACAAGACUUGAGAGAGGUCAACAAGAGGAUAGAAGAUAUUCAUCCGACUGUUCCAAACCCUUACAAUUUGCUCAGUAACUGUUCAUCGAUGAGAAACAGGGGUAUGCUAAAGGGUCCUAACACAAAGGUUGGGACCCUAGAAACGCCCUGUGGCCUACCUGUCUAAGAAAUUGGACCCUGUGGCCUCCGGCUGGCCACCGUGCCUAAGGAUGGUGGCUGCUAUUGCUGUCCUGAUCAAGGAUGCUAGAAAAUUGACUUUGGGACAGCCACUCACCAUCCUAGCACCCCACACAGUGGAGGCCUUGGUAAAGCAGCCCCCAGACCGCUGGCUCUCUAAUUCCCACAUGACCCACUACCAAGCCUUGUUACUGGAUGCAGAACAGGUUCAGUUUGGACCCGUAGUCGCCCUCAAUCCUGCCACCUUGCUUCCCCUACCAGAGGAGGCAGAACAGCAUGACUGCCUACAAAUCCUCACAGAAGUACAUAGAACCAGGCCGGACCUAUCGGACCAGCCUCUUCAGAAUGCUGACCACACAUGGUACACAGAUGACAACAGCUUCUUGGCAGAGGGAGAGCAAAAGGCUGGAGCUGCGGUCACUACGGAGGACAAAGUGAUUUGGGCGAAAGCCCUGCCUGCUGGUACCUCCGCACAACGGGCUGAACUCAUCGCCUUGACUCAGGCGCUCAAGAUGGCAAAAGGUAAGAGGCUAAAUAUAUAUACAGACAGCCGUUAUGCCUUUGCCAUGGCACACAUCCACGGGGAGAUCUAUCGGAGGCGGGGGCUGCUCACAUCUGAGGGUAAAGAUAUUAAAAAUAAGGCUAAAAUUCUGGCCCUCUUAGAAGCCCUAUUCUUGCCCAAAAGACUGAGUAUUAUACAUUGUCCAGGACACCAGAAAGGGCACAACCCAGAAGCACGAAGAAACCGGCUGGCCGAUGUCACGGCGCGAGAAGCGGCCAUGAACAAACAAAUCUUGCCCUUAAAUAGCCCAGACCAACCCACGCCCCCACCAGUGGGACAAACCAGUUGGGUUUAUGCCCAUGAGGACAUAGAGCUCCUAGAAAAAAUGGGGGCCAUCUACCACCCUCAACUAAAACAGUGGGUCUACAAAGGACUUUUGAAUUGAUCUCCUUUUUACAUAAAUUAACCCAUUUGGGGUUUAAGAAGAUGAAAACCUUACUAGAUCGGGAAGAGAUAAAUCUGUGUCUUUUUUUUUAAUUGGGACAAAGCGAUACAAAAGGUGACUGAGAGUUACAAAGCGUGCGCUCAGGUUAACCUGGGAAGGACCAUGAUUGGACAAGGAGUUCAUCCUAGGGGACACCGUCCCGACAUCCAUUGGGAAAUUGAUUUUACUGAAAUUAAACCAGGUAUAUAUGGAUACAAGUAUCUCCUAGUGUUUAUAGACACCUUCUCAGGAUGGGUCAAAGCCUUCCCCACAAAGCACGAGACUACAAAAAUGGUCACCAAGAAGCUCCUUGAGGAAAUCUUUCCCAGGUAUGACAUGCCUCAAGCGUUGGGGUCGGACAACGGGCCCGCUUUCGUCUCCCAAGUAAGUCAGUUGGUGGCCAAAUUGCUGGGGAUUGAUUGGAAAUUACAUUGUGCCUAUAGACCCCAGAGUUCAGGUCAGGUAGAACGCAUGAAUAGAACAAUUAAGGAGACUUUAUCCAAACUUACGCUUGCAACUGGCUCAAAGGAUUGGGUGGCCCUCCUUCCCCUAGUUCUAUAUCGGGCCCGGAAUACCCCGGGCCCCCAUGGUCUAACUCCUUUUGAAAUAAUAUAUGGAACACCACCCCCAUUUGUCCAUUUCUUUGAUUCAAACAUUGCUGAUUUUGCUGACAGCCCUUCUCUGAGGGCCCAUUUACAGGCCCUACAGAUUGUGCAGAGAGACGUCUGGAGACCUUUGGCCGCUGCCUACCAGGACAAGCUUGAGCAUCCGGUGGUGCCACACCCGUUCCAGAUUGGAGACACCGUGUGGGUGCACAGACACCAGACCAAGAAUCUCGAGCCACGGUGAAAAGGACCCUACACCGUCCUCCUGACUACCCCGACCGCCCUAAAGGUAGACGGAGUCUCGGCUUAGAUCCACACACCACACGUCAAGGCAGUCCGGUCUGAGGAAUUGACUAAUCACAACACUACACCCCAGACAUGGAGAGUUCAGCGCACUCCAAACCCCUUAAAGUUAAAACUCCUACGUGGCUCCUCCUAGCCCUUUUGUGGCCUAGAGUCAGUGGGGGAAUAAGCCCCCACCAGACAGAAAUUUCUUGACCAAGUCGAGUGAAAGAUUUCACUCAAAGUUAGCAAAAAAAUGGGGGAAUGAAAGACCCUAGCUUAGCAGCAGUAACGCCAUUUUGCAAGGCUGUACUUAAGAUGACUGGUUCAGGGAAAGGUUAGAACACUGAGUACACAGCGGCUGCCAAGCAAGAUAUGUUUGGUUGAAGGCCUGGCAACAGGACGACUUCGGUUGAGCACCUGACAAUGAAAAAAAGCCCCAGGAGAGGUCCCACACCCUGGUGGGGGGCCGAGUCAGUCGUUAUGUUCCAAGAAGGUAGCUAAGAAACUUGCCCCCGGGCUGAACCCUUGGGGGGCCGAGUCAGCCGUUAUGUUUCUGGAAGGUAGCUAGGAAACUUGCCCCCGGGCUAAACCCUUGCCAUAUUAGAAUCCACCAAUUAUAUCCCUGUAACCAUGCAUCUGCUUCUGUAUGCUUGCUUCUGCUCCCCAAAAUCCUAUAAAAGCCCAUCCUUGGUUCCGUGGGGCGCGCCAGUCCCCCGAGUGACUGAAGCGCCCGCAGGUGCCUGUGCCUGUGUAUCCCGACAAUAAACCAAAUCCUCUUGCUGAUUGCAUCCUGUGGUGUCUCGGUCUGGUCUUUGGAGUUAGAGGAUCUCCAUCGCGAGGGAAAGUUCUCCCUGAGAGCUUUUCAACACUUAGUGCGUAGCUGCCUAAAAGAUCAGAAAUGCUGUCAACAGGAUAUAAAAAAGGGACAGGCUGUGUUAGAAAUGCUACAGGAAGAAUGAUCUAAAAAGGCUGAGAGUGAGGUGGGGGAGGACUCUAAAGAAAACAAGAACAAGAAAAGAAUUUCUGCUUUUAGUGGCCAGACCUUCAACUCUUGCUCACAGAAAGAGAGUGCUCAUUAGAAGUUCUUUAAGGAGCCUGCCUUAUCUGCUGGCCCUAUUCCAAGACAGGAGCCAGUCUCCAGCAUUAAAUUACUUUUCUCACUGGUCAUCAUUAGCAUGGAGAAUGCCUUUGAUCUUAUCCCCACAGCAGCCAGUUCCUGCCCCUGUGGUCGAAAUGUCCCAGGUUGGGGGGCAGAGAAGCCCCUAAAAUAGUUUCAAAGAAUCUACAACAAACUGUAAAGAACUUUGUUUUGUUUUGCCAGUCAAGAUUUAGAAUUCAGACUUUGGCUGUGGCCAAGGUCAGGAUUAAUGUUUUCUUUUCCAUGGGCCUUUAGCCCACUGAGAAAGUUUGGUAAAGGGCUGCUACUGAGGUCCUGAAAGCCCCAGGUGAACUGGUUACAAUUCUUUUGUCAGCUGCUUAGUAUCUAACACUCAGGUUCUAACCGUCUCUCCAUCCUUUUGUUAUUAGUUCUUACUGGAAGCCUAGUGUCAUUUAGAGGAUGGGUCUCUUGAGUGAUAAAGCCACUGAGCUGGCACUAAAGGAAGGUACUCCUUAAGGGAAAAUCUAAGUCCAGAGAGACAACCGGUAACAGAUAGACUGCCCCUCUGCUCACUUUUCUGUUUCACAGACACAAGGUCUUUUUGUCCCAAGAAAGCCUCCUGGCUUAGCUGUGUGACUAAAUGCUAUUUGCCCUCUUCAGUGGACCUCUAUUCUCAAGAUUCCCUUGUUUUCUCACCAUCCCAUUUGAGAUGCUUGUUAGUAACUGUUACAGGUCUUCUUUACCACCGAGGAAAGAUAGAAUCCUACUAGAGGCCAGAAAAAGUGUUCCAGAGAUGGAUGGAAGGCCCUCACUUCUGCCUGUUGACUUCAAAACACCUAAAGGUAGGGAGUGCCAGGUCUGCCGCCAGGCUCCAAGGGUGGGUCUCUGAGGGGCUAAAAAAUGCCCCACCAAUCUGGCUAAGAUAAGAAAAGGAUAAAGAGAAUGUUACAGAAAUUUAAAGGGUUAAGUUGCUGAGAGUUAAUAUAAGUUACAGAGAAAAUAAGGUUAAAAAAGAAAGAGAUAAAAAGAACAGAAAACUAGAGAAGAAAAGAGACAAAAAGAAGAGGAAGUUAGAGAGCUAAAGAGAGAUAAAAGACGAGAGAGGAACAUAUACUGGCCACAGUAGUUAGGGAACCUAGGAAGAUAGUACCUGGCAACAGAAGAGAAUUCCUGGCUAAAGAUCAGUGUGCCUAAUACAAAGAAAAAGGACACUGGGUCAGGGACUGCCCAAGAAAGAACAAGAGGGGCCACUGGAGAGCUUCUUGGUCCUAGAGUGCUGGACAGGGACCCAAUGCUCUGUGCUCCUAUGCCCCCCAGUGGGCCAAUAUCCAAAGACCUUGAGUGCAAGGAGCUACUGGCAACGAACAAUACUUAUGGACUGCCCGAAGAACAGUGGACCUUGGCGUGGGCCGGGUAACCCACCCACUAAUUCAUGGUCAUCCCUGACUGCCCCUAUCCCUUGCUCAUGAGAAAAUUGCUCUCCAAAUUGGCUUGCGUGGGCUGAAAUGGCUGGAUGAGGCCAUGUGUAUACAUAUCUAUAGACUGUGUAUGUGGAGCUUAAGACCUGUCUCAGUACACCAGUAACUGAUGCUGGGAGAUGAAUGGCUUAGUGCUUUUCUGCUUGGAACACAUCACUCCUGCCAGCCGGGCACUAACAAUUAUCACCCAAUCCAGGACUUAAACUGUGAUAGAGUGGCUGAUAGAGUGUCCCAAAAGAUGGGACCACUGGUCAGCAGCCAUGGACUAGAUUCUCCACCGGUUGGGGACAAUCUGGUCACCUUGCUGCCCAAUCCGGACCUGGAGCCACCACAGCACGAGUGUCAAACACUGACAGAAGCACAUGGGUGGAGGAAAGACCUGUGCGACUGGCUGAUUGACCCCUACUGAAAGCCGAGGACCUUGUCCACAGACGGGAACAGUUCUCUUCAUGAAUAAAGGUCAGAGAUAAGUGGGUGCUGCCAUGGUGGACAACACAAUGUCAUCUGGGAUGGCUGAACCUCUACCCCCCCCCAGCACAUUAGCGCCACAGAUGUCUUUGCCAUCUCUUAGAUGCCCUGAUGAAGCCAACAACUGUGAGUACUAUUCAUUGCUCAGGAAAACAGGAGGGAAGAGAUUCAGUGACAUGGGGCAGUGACAAAGCAGAUAAAGUGGCUCGGGAAAUGGCUAUGCAGGAGCCUAUCCUGGUUACAGGCCUGCAAGAGACAGCCACUGAGAACUAGGAUUAGACUAAGGGAUGACCUCACUUAGAAAAGGCCCAAAUUGCUUAAAAGAUAAAGGACAAUGGCACACUUGGGGAGAAAGCUGUACCCCCCCCCCAGAGAACAAACAAAAGACUCACUUUGCCAAAUUAAGAAAUAGACUCAUUUAAGAGAUAAGAAGUUUGUCCAAAUAGUUAAAAUAUAUAUAAUAGACUUUAAGAUUUUAGCCAAGAGAGACAGUAAAAAGUAUAAGAUACGUUAGUAAACAAAUGCUUAACAAACAAACAGGACAAAGAGACCUAGAGAGUUUAACGAAAAGUUGAAGUGAACUUCACUGAGAUAAAACCAGAAAAAUAUAAUCACAAGUAUCUCCUAGUGCUUGUAGAUACUUUUUCAGGAAUAGAUAAAAGCUUUCCUCACCAAACGAGAGACGGCCUCUACAAUCAUCAAGAAGAUACUGAAAGAAAUCUUCCCCAGGUCUGGAAUGCCCAAGGUAAUCUGGUCAGACAACGGCCCUACUUUCGUUGCCAAGGUAAGCCAGGGUGUGGCCAAGUAUUUAGAGGUCGAUUAGAAAUUACAUUAUAUUUACAGACCUCAAAGUUCAGGACAGGUAGAGUAAAUAAAUAAAAUUUUAAAAGAGAUCCUGAACAAAUUGACCAUGGAGACUGGCACAGACUGGGUGACACUCCUUCCCUCUUGCUCUCUUCAGAGCAAGAAAUACCCCUUCCAGAUUCAGCCUUACCCCCUUUGAGAUCUUAUAUGGGGCCUCAGCUCCCCUGACUGUAUUAGAUGAUGUUACUGAACCAACAUGUCAUAGUGCCAUAGUAAUAAUGAUUUGUGUGCCAGGCUAAAAGACCUACAGGUGAUACAGAAAGAAAUCUGCCCACAGCUGACAGCAGCCUAUGCCCCGGAGACCCCUGAGACAUCCCAUCAGUUCCAGGUCGGAAGCAGCUACACUGAGCCCAGACACUCAGAGCCUCGCUGGAAAGGACCGUACCUGGUGCUGCUGACCACCCUGACAGCCGUCAAUUCUCAGCCCUCACCAGCCGUGUACUAGCUGUUAGGGCUGAAAGCUGGGACCUAGAGGGAAAUUCAGUCAUGUUUGUCCUGGGUUCUAUCAAGAUAGGUGUGGGAUAGGCUUGAUUUCUAUUACAAAUGAUAUAACAUUACAUAUGUUAAUACUCCUAACACUUCUUGGGACUGUGCCUCAGGGAUCACAAUCUAUAUAAGUUUAGAAGUUCUAAAAGCUAGUCAUGACCUUGGUGUAUAGGUUUUGAUAGUGUCCAGAUUAGAAUCCUAAUGCUAAAGACUUAGUAAGACACACACAAAAAAAAAAGGAGUUGAGAAUUACUUAGGGCUAGGGCUAUCUAGGUGCUGCAAGGGCAACACAAGGACAUCUGCUGUUGCCCUACAAUACAAGGCUUAUAAAAAAUUCAGAACUGCCAUUGACUCAGAUAUAAAAAGAGGAAAGGACUUUUUAUCUGACCUCUAAGAAUACCUAACCUCUCUCUCAGAGGUAGUCCUUCAAAAUAGAAAAAGAUUAGACCUGAUAUUCCUUAAAGAAGGAGUCUGUGUGCUAUACUGAAAGAAAAAUGUUGUUUCUAUACAGACCAUUCAAGAGUAAUUAAAGACUCCAUAAAUAAACUUAGAAAAAGGUUAGACAAAAGACAGACAGAAAAACACAUCAGAGAUGGUUCGAGAGCUAGUUUAGUAGAUCUCCCUGGAUGACUACCCUACUCUCUGCUACAGCUGGGCCAUUAUUAAUAAUUUUCUUGGUUUUAGUUUUUGGCCCCUGCGUGACAAACAGGUUAAUUGCUUUUGUUAAAAAUCGAGUGGGUGCUGUGCGGUUGAUGGUUCUGAGACAACAGUACCAGUCAGUUAGGACAACUGGUGAGACCAAAUAUGAGACUUGAUAUCAAAAUUCUAAGAUUAGAAUUAUUUAGUAGGAGAAGACGGGAAUGAAAAAAAAUUAUACAAAUUCUAGGUUUAGAAAUAUAAAAUUAAAAGAGUUAGCCCCAAAGGCCACAGACCCAGGGCUAAGCCCUACAGCCAGGACUAGCAGGCCAUAAAGAUAAAGGAGCACAGGAAACACUGUCCAGGCAGGACUGACAAGCCAUAAAGAAAAGGAAUGCAGGAACCAGCCUGAGUUAAUGGGACUGAUUCAUGGGACGUCUGACAGAAAGACAUCUCCCCCCAGCUCACUCAGGGCCAUCCUCCAGACCCUGAUAAGCCCCUGACUUCUAACACGUACUCUUUCUGCUUUGUUCUCACUGCUAUGUUUAAAUGAGCCAAUUGUAUGUAACCACGCCAAAACCCCCUAGCCUUCUCUAUAUAACCCUCUGACUUUUGAGUUUCGGGGCCGACACCUCUGUCUCCUGCGCGGGAUACGUGUCGGCCCGGAGAUCUCUGUAAUAGGUCUCCGUAAUAAACCUCGCCUUUGCUUAUUACAUCCAAAA